CAGAGGCUCGCGCGGGAGUUGGGGGGGGUGAAGGCGGAAGUGGCGGCGCCGGGUCCAGGAGUGGAAAGGAGCUGAGGCUGCAGCCCGAGUGGAGCGGCUGCCAGCCGGGGAACAGGCGCGGCCGCGGCGCCAUAUUGCGGCCCUCAGCGGUCGCCACCGAGCCAUGGCUGAGACCUACGACUUCCUCUUCAAAUUCCUGGUGAUUGGCAGUGCCGGAACUGGCAAAUCAUGUCUCCUCCAUCAGUUUAUUGAGAAUAAGUUCAAACAGGACUCCAACCACACUAUUGGCGUGGAGUUUGGAUCCAGGGUUGUCAACGUUGGGGGGAAGACUGUGAAGCUACAGAUUUGGGAUACUGCUGGCCAGGAGCGGUUUCGGUCGGUGACACGGAGUUAUUACCGAGGGGCAGCUGGAGCCCUGCUGGUGUACGACAUCACCAGCCGGGAGACAUACAACUCGCUAGCUGCUUGGCUGACCGAUGCCCGGACGCUGGCCAGCCCCAACAUCGUGGUCAUCCUCUGUGGCAACAAGAAGGACCUGGAUCCCGAGCGUGAGGUCACUUUCCUAGAGGCUUCCCGCUUUGCUCAGGAGAAUGAGCUGAUGUUCCUGGAGACCAGCGCUCUCACGGGUGAAAACGUGGAAGAAGCUUUCCUGAAGUGCGCACGCACCAUCCUCAACAAGAUCGACUCAGGUGAACUAGAUCCGGAGAGGAUGGGCUCAGGCAUUCAGUAUGGUGACAUAUCUCUUCGUCAGCUGCGGCAGCCUCGCAGUGCCCAGGCCGUGGCCCCUCAGCCCUGUGGCUGCUGAGACGUGCAGAGCCAGAGACAUGUAGCCCAGACUGGCCUCAGACUUACUGUGUAGUCACAGGUGACCUUGGAUUUCGGAUUCUUUGUCUUUCACCUCCCAAGUAUUGGAAUUCCAGAACUACCCCCAGUGCAUUUAUGGGGCGCUGAGGAUGGAACCAAGGGCCCAUGUAGGCCAAGCAAGCGUGAUCAACUCAGCUACAAUUUUCUUUCCUUUAUUUUCCUUCCUAUCUUUCUUUCCCCCUCGACUAUGUAGCACAGGCUUGUAAUGAGGCCUCUAAUUUACUUCUAAGUGCUGGGAUUAUAAGCGUGAACCACCACAUUCUCUGAUUUGCCUUCACUUGGACAAAAAGUUAAUCAGGGUCUACCAACACUUCCCUCUCUCAAAAUCGUGCCCAGUAGAGUAAGUCGGGAAGCUUUGCAGCAUAUAGCCCAGGAUUUCCUUAGGUAAUUUCUAGAAACGUCUAGGUAAUGCUGUAGGCAGUGAAAGUAGUGGCCACUAUUCUGCUCUGUCUCUCCUGUUUGAGAAGCAUUGGAAUGAGGCCCAACCUGGACCCUUAGGGGGAAAAAGGACACAGAAUUUACAAACACGGAGGCAUGUUUUAGUUACCUCUUUUUUCUUCUUUCAUGAUUUGUGCUUUUGAGACAGGAUCUCACUUUGUAGCUCA